ACCCUCUCUCUCUCUCUCUCUCUCUCUCUGUGCAGAAGCCAAGAGUGGGGGCGCUUGUGGGGCUAGGAGGCAUGGAUGCUCCGCUUUUGGGCGCUAAUGAUUUGAUCAAUCACGAGAAGAAGCGGGGGAGGGGGAGUUGGACCAAAGCUCUGUGCUUUUUCCUUGCUUUCAUCGCAGUCACGGUUCUCGGGCUUAUAGUAUCGGGGGAUAUAAAUGCGUGGGCUCUGAAAGCAUGGAGCAACUAUGGUGGGAUUAUUCUGAACGAUGCGAUAGUUGUCCAGUCGGAGAAAGGCGUUGUUGCAGCUGAUGAUGGCCGUUGCUCUGAGAUUGGGGCGUCGAUGCUUAGGAAAAAAGGGCACGCAGUCGAUGCUGCUGUCGCGACCGCUUUGUGUGUUGGUGUCGUCAAUCCGAUGGCUAGUGGGAUUGGAGGCGGCGCCUUCAUGAUUGUCCAGUCUUCGUCGACAUCAAAAACCGAAGCCUACGACAUGAGGGAAACAGCUCCUUUGGCUGCUUCACAGGACAUGUACGAGAACAGUCCCUCAGCUAAGUACCAUGGCGCUUUGUCUAUGGGAGUGCCUGGUGAAAUAGCCGGCCUUCAUCAGGCUUGGUCGAAGCACGGCCGUCUGGCAUGGAGGACCUUGUUCCAACCGUCCAUAAAACUGGCAAAGGAAGGGUUUGUGGUCGCUCCAUACCUUGCGCACAACAUAGAAAGUUCCGCGAAGAUGAUCUUGAAUGAUCCUGGCUUAAGACGAGUGUUUGCACCUGGCGGGAAGCUGUUACGCGCCGGCGAUACCUGUUAUAAUGUGGAAUUGGGCCAGAGCUUAGAGGCCAUAGCAGAACAAGGGCCGCAGGCAUUUUACAAUGGGAGCAUCGGUGAGAAGCUGGUCAAGGACGUGAGGGAGGCCGGAGGGAUUUUGACGAUGGAGGACCUAAGGAACUAUAAAGUCGAAGUAACAGAUGCAAUGUCUGCCGAAGUCAUGGGCUAUACUAUAUUCGGAAUGCAGCCUCCUUCGAGCGGAACGUUAGGACUAUCUUUGGUCAUGCACAUCCUCAACAGCUAUGGAACUUCCAAUGCUGCAGAGGGAAAUCUCGGGAUGCACCGCCUGAUAGAGGCGAUGAAGCACAUGUUUGCUGUCCGGAUGAACUUGGGUGACCCGAAUUUUGUGAGCAUCGGCGAGUACGUGUCCGAGAUGCUCUCCCCAUCCUUCGCCGAGCAACUGAGGCAAAAGAUAUUCGACAAUACUACUUUCCCUUCGGAGUAUUACUUGUACAAGUGGAGUCAGCUUAGAGAUCAUGGUACCAGCCAUUUCGGUAUUGUAGAUGCAGAUCGGAACGCCGUAUCGGUGACUACAACCGUUAAUUAUCCAUUUGGAGGUGGGGUUCUCUCGCCUACUACAGGGAUCGUGCUCAACAAUGAGAUGGGCGACUUCUCGACACCCACGGAGAUUUCCCCUGACCUCCUACCACCUGCUCCAGCAAAUUUCAUCAAACCAAACAAGAGACCUUUGUCUUCCAUGACCCCACUCAUCAUCACCAAGGAUAACCAGUUGGCAGGGGUCAUAGGAGGGAGUGGAGGAAUGAACAUAAUUCCAGCAGUGACCCAAGUUUUUCUAAAUCACUUUGUCCUGGGAAUGGAACCAUUGGAUGCUGUUCAGUAUCCAAGGGUCUACCACAGGCUAAUACCGAAUGUGGUACUGUAUGAAAACUGGACCUGCAUCGAUGGUGAUCACAUUGAGCUUGCGGACGACCGAAAGCUUUUCCUGAAGGGGAGAGGUCAUAAGUUGGAAGCCAGAGCGGGAGGAGCAAUUGUCCAGCUUGUCGUUCAAAGUCUACAAAACACGCUCGAUUCGGGUCACAGAAGUCGCAAGGACUUGAAUUCUGGAGUUGUCCGUGGAACUCUUACUGCUGUAAGUGAUCCAAGAAAAGAUGGGAGGCCUGCUGCCGUUUAAUCUCUAUUUUUUUGUAACUAAUCGGGGACGAAUAACAGCGGAUUAAAACGAUCUUCCAGCAUGAAUUCAUGGAAGCUGCAAGUGAUGCUGCUCGUGUUGUUGAGUGUAAGCAUCUGGAUCUUGUAUGUAUGUACGAUACCAUUUCCUAGGUAGGUCCAGUCUAGGCUGAGAAAUUUGUUCCGGAUGAAUUGAUACAUAAAGUGCUUUAAGAUAGACGGUGAAUGGUAUUGAGAUGGCCAGCCAGUGCCUUAAUGA